AUGGAAUCAGGUGCUGCAGCUGUUGUGGUCUCUCCUUCAUCAAAGGGGUUGAAAGAUGAGAAUGAGAAUGAGCGUAGUUUUGAUCUCAAAUUGCUGCACAAGGAAGCUGAUAUUCCCAAACAAUUCAUUUGGUCAGCUAGUCACUUAGUCAAAGGCAGUUCAGAAAAGUUGGACACACCCUUUAUUGACUUGAAAGCCAUAAAGGGUGAUGAGGCUGCCAUGGCCACUGCUGCAGAGCUUGUGAGGAAGGCAUGCAUGAAGCAUGGUUUCUUCGAAGUCACCAACCAUGGUGUCGACCUGAGUCUCAUCAAUGCUACUUAUCAAGAAUUUGACUCUAUUUUUAAGCUUCCCUUGAACAAGAAGCUUGGUGCUAGGAAGAACCCACUGGGCUACUCAUGUGGUCUUUCUGAUCGUUUCUCUUCCAAUCUACCAUGGAAGGAGAUAUUUACUUACCGAUACAACUAUCUCCAUCACUCUGACUCACAAGUUGUUGACUUCUUCAACUCUAUCUUCCAUGAAGACUUUCAAGGCAUCGGGCUGGUGAAUCAGAAGUAUUGCGAAGCAAUAAAGAAAUUAUCUAUGGAUAUUUUAGAGCUAUUGGCCAUUAGCUUGGGUGUAGAUCGCUCUCAUUUUCAAAGAUUUUUUGAAGAUUGUGAAGGAAUAGUGAGGGGAAACUCUUACCCACCAUGCAAAAACUUCAACCUCACCUUCGGUGUGGGUCCUCACUGUGAUCCAACCUCAAUAACCAUUCUUCAUCAAGACCAAGUUGGGGGUCUUGAAGUUUUUGUAGAUGGCAAAUGGCUGGCUGUUCCCCCGCGAUCUGAAACACCUGAUGCCUUUGUCAUAAACAUAGGCGACACUUUUACGGCAUUAUCAAAUGGGAUAUACAAGAGUUGCCUCCACAGGGUGUUAGUGAACGAAGAGGUGGAAAGGAAGUCUCUUACUUUCUUUAUGAACCCAAGAGGAGACAAAACAGUGCGACCACCAAAUAAUCUGUUUGAGAAUGAGGAGCAAAGGAAAUAUCCAGAUUUCAAAUGGUCGGAACUGUAUGAGUAUACGCAAAAGCGUCAAAGGGCUGAUGCGGAGACACUUCCAAAUUUUGUUACAUGGCUUCGUGCUUCCAAGCCAUCCAACUUCUAG